AUCUCUCCACCUCUCUAUUUUCUUCCCCUUUCUUCUCCAUAUAUUCUCAUCUACAAUUCUCUCUCUCUCUCUAUUUUUCUUCUUCCUUUUUCUCUCAAGAAAAAUUCUUCUGAAAUUCUAUUCACAAGAAAGUAAUUGUUUUCUCAUCACAAAAAGAAAACCAAAAAGUGGUUUUCUACUUACUUUUUUUUUUUUUUUAGAUCUAACCCUAAAACUUCAAGAGGGUUUUGUGUUAUUAUUUCUUACUUCAAGGCUAGCUUCAAAGACUAAUGACGAUUAUGACUGAAUUUGGAGUACUCUACGGACAUAUUCGUGGACGUUAUCUUAGGAUAAUAACUUAAGUGAAAAAAAAAAAGGCAGUGUAUGGACUUUGGGUUCUCACAGUGUCAACUCUUUCUUUGGUUUUUUUCCUAAGAUAAUUUCAUUUUCAGUCUUUUUUUGGCACAGUAAAACAGACAGGGGAGAGAGAGAGAGAAAUAUAAAAGUCUUUUUGUUUGACAUCUCAAAAACCAAAAGUCAAAUUUUCCCAUUUGUUUCUUACUACAAAUUAUCCAACUAAUUUUCUUAUUCAGAUACAGCCAAAAAAAAAAAAUGUAUUAAACCUCAAUUUCCCAAAACCAAAAAGCUACUUAUAGUUAUAUAUAAACAAGAAAUACAAAAGUAGAAGUCUCUCUAGGGUUUUCAUGAGGGAUUUGUAUAAUGAUUUUUGAAUGAUGGGAUGUGAAUUUUGGUUUUCUUAAAAAGUUCAAAUUCAAGAAAAGUAACAAAUACAUAGCUUAUCAAGAAGGAUAUUAUAAAAUAUUUAUAAGUCAAAAUGUUUCAGCCAAACAUGUUUGAGAGCCACCAUCAUCUACUUGAUAUGUCACAUAAAUCACCAGAAAAUGAGUUGGAUUUAAUUCGAGAUGAUGAAUUUGAGAGCAAAUCAAUGACUGAUAUUAUGGAAAAUCCUUCUGGUGACGAUCAAGAUCCUAAUCAACGUCCAAACAAGAAGAAGCGUUAUCAUCGGCAUACACAGCUCCAAAUUCAAGAAAUGGAAUCGUUUUUCAAAGAGUGCCCUCAUCCAGACGAUAAACAAAGAAAAGAACUGGGAAAAAGAUUAGGUUUAGAGCCUUUGCAAGUGAAAUUUUGGUUCCAGAACAAGCGUACUCAAAUGAAGGCUCAACAUGAACGCCAUGACAACUCACAAUUGAGGGCUGAAAAUGAGAAGCUUCGUGCUGAGAACAUAAGGUAUAAAGAAGCCCUUGGUAAUGCUACUUGUCCAAAUUGUGGAGGACCUGCAGCCAUAGGUGAAAUGUCAUUCGACGAGCAGCAUUUGAGGAUUGAGAACGCUCGUCUCAGAGAAGAGAUUGACAGAAUAUCUGGAAUUGCUGCAAAAUAUGUGGGAAAACCAAUGCUUACAUAUCCUAAUCUUCCAACUACUGGGCCAACCCGUUCACUUGAUCUAGGAGUUAGUACUUUUGGGCAAGUUGGUGAAAUGUACAGUGCUGGUGAUCUUCUUAGAUCAGUUUCAGGCCCAACAGAUGCUGAUAAGCCCAUAAUUAUUGAACUUGCUGUUGCUGCUAUGGAAGAACUUAUAAGAAUGGCCCAAACUGGAGAACCUUUGUGGAUUACUAGCCCAGAUAAUAAUGAGACUUUAUGUGAAGAGGAAUAUGUGAGGACUUUUCCUAGAGGAAUUGGGCCUAAACCUUUGGGCCUAACAUCUGAAGCCUCUAGAGAAUCUGCUGUUAUUAUUAUGAAUCACAUCAAUUUAGUUGAAAUUUUGAUGGAUGUGAACCAAUGGACAAGUGUUUUUGCUGGCCUAGUAUCAAGAGCAUUGACCUUGGAAGUCCUAUCAACUGGGGUAGCAGGAAAUUACAAUGGUGCUUUACAAGUGAUGACAGCGGAAUUCCAGGUCCCUUCACCAUUGGUUCCGACUCGCGAAAAUUAUUUUGUGAGAUAUUGUAAACACCAUACUGAUGGAACAUGGGCUGUGGUUGAUGUCUCCCUUGACACUUUGCGGCCCUCUUCAGUGUCGCGCGGUAGAAGAAGGCCAUCUGGUUGUUUAAUUCAAGAAUUGCCAAAUGGUUACUCCAAGGUUACGUGGAUCGAGCACGUUGAAGUGGAUGAUAGAUCUGUCCAUAACAUCUACAGACCUCUUGUCAAUUCAGGCCUCGCGUUUGGGGCUAAACGUUGGGUAGCAACUUUGGACAGACAAUGUGAACGGCUCGCAAGUGCAAUGGCUAAUAAUAUCCCAACAGGCGAUGUUGGAGUCAUAAUGAGUCCUGAAGGCCGAAAAAGUAUGUUAAAACUAGCUGAGAGAAUGGUGAUGAGUUUUUGUGCCGGUGUUGGCGCCUCGACUGCUCACACAUGGACUACAUUAUCUGGAAGUGGUGCUGAUGAUGUUAGAGUUAUGACUAGAAAGAGUAUAGAUGAUCCGGGGAGACCUCCCGGUAUAGUGUUGAGUGCAGCCACUUCAUUUUGGCUGCCAGUUCCUCCAAAGAGAGUCUUCGAUUUUCUCCGAGACGAGAACUCUAGAAGUGAGUGGGAUAUACUUUCAAAUGGGGACCUAGUUCAAGAAAUGGCGCAUAUAGCAAAUGGUCGUGAUCCAGGAAACUGCGUAUCUCUGCUCCGCGUUAAUAGCGGAAAUUCAAGCCAGAGCAACAUGCUGAUACUCCAAGAGAGUUCAACAGAUUCCACAGGGUCUUAUGUUAUCUACGCUCCAGUCGAUAUCGUUGCGAUGAAUGUGGUGUUAAGUGGUGGUGACCCCGACUAUGUUGCUCUUCUACCAUCUGGAUUUGCUAUACUUCCAGAUGGUGGUGGAGGAAUUAAUAGUGGAUCGCUUCUCACUGUUGCAUUUCAGAUUUUAGUUGAUUCUGUCCCCACUGCAAAACUAUCUCUUGGAUCUGUUGCAACUGUUAAUAGCCUCAUCAAAUGCACUGUUGAAAGGAUCAAAACAGCUGUAGCCUGUGAGAGUGCAAGAUGAAAAAUCCAAGUAAAAUUUGAAGGAUGGAGUAUAGAUGGUGAGUUUACUCAAAAUAUAUAUGGUUGGAGGCUAAAGGAAGGAGUCAAGAACGAACCUCAAAAGUAAUCCUUGCUAGCUCUAAAUGGAAAAAACAGAAGCAAAAAAAUUGAAUUUUGCCAGCAUGGAUGUGUAAUAGGUUCGGGUAUUGACUUCGAAAAUAUUGGAACUUUUGAUAUGUAAACCAAGACCUUCUUAUUUUUCAUGAUCAAGCUUCAAAAUUUGUCAACUUAAGGCUAAUUAUGUUAUUAGUAGCAUUUUUACUUUAGUUUGA